AUGCAUAUCCUACGAAGAGGACCCGACCAUCCUCACUAUACGACUGAACGAAGGCGAGCGGAGGUGCUAUCCAGUGGCUCAGAACAUCCGCCAGAUCUCGAGGAGCUUUGGAACGAUGCUCUUGAUCAAUACCGGAGCUCCCUCAGCAUCGAUCCCCGCGAUCAGGGCCUGGCAUUCGUUCGCGAUCUAGAGCGAUGCACUAGCAGUGAUGAUAUUCUCGACUAUCUACAGGACACGUCGGAAUGCUUGAGCGACAGGCGCCAGGGCAGCAAAGCGUCGCGCGCUCUUAGGAAGUCGUUGAAACCGCUGAUACGCGGUUUGAGCGUGAUACUCGAUGCUGGUUCUGAGACGGCUUCGUCUCUAGGGGUGCCCGGAGGUAAGGGGAUCUUCGCCGCCGUCGCGAUACUUCUUCAGGCAGCAGAUCGCGUCAGUGCAACGUACGAUGACCUUCAGAAACUAUUGAACGGCCUCGAAGUCUACGUCGUACGGCUGAAAGUACGCAUAGAGGCACCGAUGAGAAAGGAAGCGAAGGAGACCGUUGUGAAAGCGCUCAUCGAAGUGUUGAAGACGUUGGAGUUAGCUACAAAGGUGAUGCGUGAGGGUCGCAUUCGGCACUUUGUGAAAGCCUUAUUCACAAAGGCAGACGGUGUCCAAUCCGCCCUUGCGAGGCUCGAAGAUGUCACAACAGAAGAAGAAAGAAUGGCGCUCGCGCACCUAUCGGGUGUCCGCUGCGUUCAACCAACGAUCAAUCGCACAGACGUCACGACGCGCCGCAUCUUAGGGCAAACGACACAGAUAAACGCCCGCGUCGAUGUACUAUUCAACCGCUUCCAGGCAAUCCUCGAGAGCGAUAUCCUCACAAACCCUCGACGGCUAGAAGACACAUCCGCCCGGGUUAAUCAAGAUCUAUCGCCAGUACCCUCUCAUGUGGCAUCGCAAGCGAUCGAGUCUCGAGUUCACAAUGUGUCGCGCAUGGGAGGACAGCUACUUCACGUCGCCUCCAACUUCAGUUCCGAAAAUCAAGACAUCAUCUGGCGCGGCUUCGCGGCUCUGCUCUCCUUCGCAGUCGAUUCCGAGGACCUUGUGGGUACUGCUGGAAAGUCUUCUAUAGUGCGAGCAACGACAACCUUCUCUCUUGCUCUUGGGGCCAUGGAGGCACUCAUCCGUAUGGGGUGUAUGUUCGUAUUGCUGUUCAUAAUUUGGCAGCAGAGCUUCAUCCUACGUCCAACGUCACGGUCUCCCGGCACCGUGAUCAUAGUCGACGUGCUGGGUGAAGUCUUUGAACUUCAGUCGGACACGUUCUCGACGUGGCAGAACACGCAUGAUUUCCUUCUACAGGCCUUUAAAGGUCGGAAAGGACUCUCAUACGUGCAGCAUAGAGACUACGCUUUAAUCGAUUCCCGGGGCACGAUGAUAGAACCUCAAAAGUGGGCUCUUUCUGUCCGUCCAGGGUCAAAGCUCAACAUGAGUGUCAUCGUCCGUGACGGGUUUGCUCGGUGCCCUUACUGUCAACACGAAACUGUUACGGCCCGUGGAAGUCAAGAUGCUGAUGGUCGUAUUAAUUGCGCUAGUAAGCGUUGCGGGCGCUCGUACAACACACUUCGCGCUGCGGCGGAGAACCUCGGCAUCAGAGAGGCCAGCGAUACUACGCCAUGUGAACCAGAUUUACUCGAGGCUCGACUCGCGGGAUCCCAGACGUCCAGAAUGACAGAAGGAAACAAGCAUGUAUCGUCUUUAAAUGCGUUGGAUGGGUCUCUGGCGUCCUUCUAUAGGAUAAUCGUCGAGAUUAGAGAAGAUGAGCUCGCCUACGAGGAGAGCGGUCUUGGAUUAUUCACCUCUCCGCUGUUGAGACCACUGCGAAAUUUAUAUCAAGAGCUCGUGCGAAGAUCGAAGGAGGCAGAUUACAUAAGGACGGAAACGGUGGGCACUAACCGCGGUCGCGCCUGA